AUGCACGUUGAGCACCACGGGGAAGACCUGAUAGUGCUCCCAGAGGUCCCUGAACACAGACUGGUAUCCGAUUUUCCUCACCUUCGGGAUGUGUACAUGCACAACGUCGUCAUCGAUCUGAAGCACCGGCUUCUCGUCCACCAACUCACACAUCUUUCGCUCACAGUCGACGCAAACGCCAACAGCACGCUCAUGACCUCGCCGACCCGGGAAAUCAUUGAUCUCUUGAACUCUCAACCCGCCCUAGAGUCUUUCACAUUUCAGGGUUGGAUUGCCCUCCCUGAGGACGAGGAUGUGCCCACGCACGAGGACGGAAAAGAAAUCAGAUGCCCAAACCUCCGCCAUGUACUCGUUGAUAUUUUCGAUCCACCUACGGUGCUCAUACUAAUGAGCCGGCUUGUACCUGCCCAGACGGCUCGUAUGACGUUCGUCGCUCGGGACCAAGCACCGUUCUUUCCACCCGUCCCCAGCUUGUUUAGGGAGGCCGUUGCCAGGCGCAUGCUCUCCCAAAUCAACUCCCCUUUGCUGAACAUGAAGGUGGUAGAAUGGCUAGCAUAUGCGCCCGAUUGGUCGGAUCAACGGACACCCCUGCACACCGGACCUGUACCGCUAUCAUCUUCGAGGGCCAUCGUAUGCUCAGCCUGGCGUGAGGGUACUAGCGAGUACCUCAAGGGAGACUUGAAGGGAUACCAGGAGCCCCCUCCCCCAGAUUUCCAGCUGAUCAUUGGCAUGGACCAUUCCUUCCAGUCUGUUUCGGAUGGAUUCUCACCUGAGAUGUUGAUUCCAUUUGAGGCAUUUGCUGGUGUUGAGUGCAUUUCCUUCCGUGAGAGAGAAUGGAAAUUGCCAGAAACAUCACCUGCGGCCUGGCAGUCUCUGUUUCGUGAGGCCGGGAGGCUUGAAUGGCUACGCGCUGAUAGGAUCACGGGGCGGGGUCUCCUGCGCAAGGGCUUCGAUGCCUUGUCUGCAACUGGUGGGGCGCUCCGCAUCUUGGGGACCGUGAAGAGACUGGUGAUAAUGGGAAUAGGUUGGGCUGAUGACGAGGAUGUGGUAAACGAGGAAGUAUCACCAUCGGCGGUGACCAUGCUUAGGAACCUGCUCCUGUCCGAGCAGACAACGGUUGAAGACAUUACAGUAGGGCCAGAUUCUCACGCGUAUAUGUCUGAGCGGGUAGGAGAGACCAUCGGGGUCCAUCAGGAACGGCUCAAAGGUGCUGAGCGCCGAGAUUACAUGUUUUAUUUCUAG